CGUCGGUUUCCUGCUGCGGUGAGAAGAGCGGCGUCGAGACAGACUGGGAAGACUCAACACCACCACUACCACCUCCAAAAUAACUCUACUGUACAAUGAAACUUUUAGCAGCAUCUCCCUCUCUGGAUACCCGCUUCGUCACGGUUAUACUGCUGGUGAUGGGCCUCUCUACUCCAGGACUAGCAGAAAUCACCAGUCUGGACUCUGGCAACAUUGAUGACGUCCUAAAUAAUGCUGGGGUGGCAUUAGUGAAUUUUUACGCAGAUUGGUGUAGGUUCAGUCAGAUGCUCCAUCCAAUUUUUGAGGAGGCAUCUAAUGUAGUGCGGGAGGAGUUCCCUGAUACCAAGCAGGUGGUGUUUGCCCGCGUCGACUGUGACCAACACUCGGACAUUGCCCAGCGGUACCGCAUCACCAAGUACCCGACGUUGAAGUUGUUCCGCAAUGGGAUGAUGAUGAAGAGGGAGUACAGGGGUCAGAGGUCGGUAGUGGCCAUUGCUGACUUCAUCCGCCAGCAGCAGGUUGACCCGGUGAAAGAAAUGCACUCAAUGGAGGAGGUUAACACUUUGGAUAGGGCCAAGAGAAACAUCAUAGGUUACUUUGAACAAAAGGACUCUGAUAGCUACCGCACAUAUGAAAAAGUUGCCAACAUUCUUCGAGAUGACUGCACGUUCUUGGCUGCCUUUGGCGCCAUCUCUGAGUCUGAGCGCUUCAGUGGAGACAAUGUGAUCUACAAACCUGUGGGCGAGAGUGUACCUGACAUGAUCUACCUCGGCUCACUUGCCAACUUUGACCUGACCUACGCUUGGGUCCAGGACAAGUGUGUGCCUCUGGUCAGGGAGAUCACCUUUGAAAAUGGAGAGGAACUGACUGAAGAAGGGAUCCCUUUCCUGAUCUUGUUCCAUAUCAAAGAGGACACAGAGAGUUUAGAGAAAUUCCAACAUGAAGUAGCUCGCCAGCUCAUCAGCGAGAAAGGGUCUAUAAACUUCCUUCAUGCAGACUGUGAUAAGUUCCGCCAUCCUCUGCUCCACAUCCAGAAAACCCCAGCUGACUGUCCCGUCAUUGCUAUAGACUCAUUCAGACAUAUGUAUGUCUUUCCUGAAUUUAAAGACCUCACUGUCCCUGGCAAGUUGAGACAGUUUGUGUUGGACCUUCACUCCGGAAAGCUUCACCGAGAGUUUCACCAUGGUCCUGACCCCACAGACAGCACGCCUGGACAGGAGGAGACGGGAGGUGAAGUGGCCAGUAGCCCUCCAGAGAGCUCGUUCCAAAAGCUAGCGCCUAGCGAGACUCGCUACACCAUCCUCAGACGGGACCGUGACGAGCUGUGACCUCUACGGCCUUCCAGUGAACCUGUGACUCAAUGCCACGCCCCGGGGUCAGGGAGGGGGUUAGGGUUGGGACAGGCCAACGGGACAGAACAGCAACACCCAACACCCUUACUGAAGAGUGAAAGAUAGGGAGAUGGAGAUGAGGAAGAGGAGGAGGAUGAAGAGGAAGGAGGAGGAAAAAGAAGACAGGAGGAGGAGAAGAGUGGAGCACAGUCCAUGACACAACUAUGUUGGAAUAACCUAUAUUUUCAUAACUCUUUCACGUACAGUUUUUAUUUUGGAUUAAAAGAAAGGGGGAUAAAGAAGAAACGUGUGUGGGCAGGGGGUUAGGGGCAUUAGGACAUCAAGAGAAGUGUUUUUACUUUUAUUUUUUGGAGCUUGUAAAUAUGUUUGUGCUACAUGGGAAUCUCAUUGUUGGUCUAAAUUAAAUGCAGAGUUUUCUUUAUUUUAUUCUUUUGUUUUUCAUCACCCUGCUAUUUGUAGGAAAAAAAAACAGAACAGUUCCCUCACUCCAGUUGUACGGUUCUUAUCUGUGGGUAGUCCAGUUCAGCCUGUCUGCUAGGAGACACUUAUUUCGUCUCACUGACCUCAUGGCUGCAUCUCAAUAUGACCAACUCUAGUCUAAUUCAUUUGUAUAGCACAAGUUAUAACAAUAUGCCUGUUUGAAGUAGCUUUAUCUCCAUAUCUUCUCCACACAAACAGACACACACACACACACUCACACUCUCACACACACUCACACACACACACUCACACACAUCUGAAGGAAUAGAAAAAUAUUUUUGAAAUAUUUGUUAGGGUCAACAUCAUUUCAAAAUAUGACUUGAGCAAGAAGAUAGAGACAGAGCUACUCCAGCCUAUUGAGAUGCACCCCUUCUCUCCCUGGUACUAAAUGAUAAUAGAUAUGACGUCUCUUACAGUGCUUGUAAAAAAUAUUUGCCCCCUUGGAUCUUUUCAUAUUUUACUUUUUUUACAACACUGAAUCAGAGAGGAUGUAAUUAGGAUUUUUUUUUUUGCCACCAAUCAACAGAACACUGUAAUGUCAAAGCGAGUCAGGUUUUUGAUAAUCUAGCACGGCACACUAUCCCCACCAUGAAGCCUGCUGGUGGCAGCAUCAUGCUGUGUGGAGGCUUCUCUGCAGCAAGCUCUGGAUGGCUUGUGAUGGUAGAAAGGGUCAGAUGUAAGCAGCAAAGGGAAAUACUAAAGGAAAAUCUUUAAGUAUAUUAAUCUAUUUAAGGGGGAGACAUAAACCUCAAAGGUAAAGUGACAUGAAAACAACCCUGUUAAUGUUCCAGAUGGCUGUUCAUUUGUAAAUUCACUGAGAAAAGAAAGCUGGAGGAGACCACAUAAGCUCAAGGCUGAAAUUUUAGCCAAAGGUGCCUCUUUUUAGAAGUGUCUUGAAGGACAUGAAACAUAUGCAAUCAGAAAUUUUGCCAAUUUUGCCCCCCUUCACUAAUCUCUAGAAAUUACAUUUGAUGUGGAAAUUAAAGCGUCUGAUGAUCAGUGUCUUGAAGUUUAAUUACAUCCAAAGCUAAUAAACAGUAAAAUAUGAAUAAGUCAAAGAGAGGUGGGUACUUUUCAUAGGCACAGUAUUUGCCAUAACACCUCUUGAGUUGUUUUCCUGGGAAUCAAAGUAGAGGAAAAAAAUGUUUUGAAAUGGUGUACUUUAACAUGAUCAUGAAUUAUGAAAUGGCUGUUGUUUUUGCUGUCACCUGUUGUCAAAUGUGUCAUCAUGCUGGGGGAGAAAAGACUGCAUCCUUCCCAGUGUUUCAAAAAGUUGAGACAGGGGAAAACCCAUGUGAUGAACGGUGGAAAUUUACAGUCUGCCACUUUAUACAAGUCCUCUUAAAACUGGUUUUGUCUCUUUAUAUGUCUUUGAGGUUUUUGGUAUAAGUCUAGAUCCCUGGGAUCCACUGAAUGAAGUGUGAAUGAAAUCCAGAAGUGGAAGCCAGAUUUUAAGAGUACAGGGACCCAUUGCUAAGUUUGUACCGUGCGUCCUGCCCUUCCAUAGAGGCCAACAGAUGCCUGCAUAGUGACAUAUCAGCCUACAUACAGGAGAGCAACAGGGGGUAGUAUGAUGCCAUUUCUAAACCAGUCAUCUCAGAGGGGAAGGAGAGUAAAAAAAACGAAAAAGUAAAUUAAAAACCAUUUUACAGGA